CGGUUUCACUGCUCACAACGGCUGCCAGCCAUGACAGCCUCAGGUUGAGUGGGUGGGUGGGCGGACGUCGAUAUUGGCCGUGCGAGCGAGAGGACAAAACCUGACCGGAGCCGUCCACCAAGUACUAAGCGCAUGGCAACAAGCCUCCACUGUAGAGGUAGGAGCCCGCGAGCCAGUACCCAAACAGCACCACCACGAAGCACCACCAGGGAGCACCACCCAGAUGGGUCGGAUCAAAACAAGUACCACAACCCUUUCCCUCUUCCCUGCUGCCGGGACUGGAUCUGGGACUGGCGGCCACUGUUCUUGACACCCCGGGCCCAAUCCAUCAUCCAUCCAGCAAAUUCGUGUGCACCUUGGCCGUCCGGCUGCCCUGCAACUCCAAAAAAGAAGUUGGGUAUGGCAUGGGGAGAGACAAGGGGGGCUUGCUGGCAUUGCAGCCUACCCUGCCUACCCUUCGAUUUGCAACGACCCAUUCACGGUUACUGGCCAGGGUACCUUGACCUACGCCUAUCCAUGCUCCAUCUUGGCCCCAUCUCAAUUGCGCCGUUGCUAAUAAGUCGCACAAAAACCACCUGGUGCCACUGACACCAAAUCUUUGUCGACUGCCCUGGCCGCCGACUAC